AUGGCGUCGCCACCCCAGACCAAGUGCGGGUUGAGCUGCAAGGCGGCGCUGGGCCGCGACUGUGUGGUCGAUGCGUUUGUCAACAGCGGCGCGUUCGUCGGGCAUAGCGAGAGCGCCGUGCCGCCCAUGAUGAAGGGUAUUGCAACCGCGUACAAGCCGGGUCCGGCCAAGCGUCUUGCGUUCUCGGCCAAGAACUGGGGUGUCGGCGAUUUGUAA